UGCUUUUCUCUUCGUGGUCUAUUUGCCUCUUUGACUGCUCCCUCUUUCGGUAUUGUGGUUGUCAAUAGCAGUCUAUUCGUCUUUUUUUCUUGUGGGAUCAAUAUGUUGCUUUGACUUUUCGUUAGAUUUUCACGCAAGGAGUUAUUUCUGAAUGAAGACACCCCCACCCUAUGGGAAAUUAGGGUCUGUCAUUGAAAAAAAAAACAGGACGACUUCCUUGAAGGAUGGUAAGGUUUGCACGUGCCGAGGGCUCCAAGGGCUCCAACAAGCGGGUUCCGGAAGAGCCCACCCCCUGGCAUGAGUUGGCACCGACGAAAAUACCAGAAAGCAGAGCAGACAUUGAAAAAACAUUAAAGAAUGUGGAAAAGGAUAAGAGUAAAGAAGGAGGUAAUAAUGGCAUUACAAAGAAAGAUGUGACAAAGAAAAAAAAGAGAGUGUUGGAUGAGAGUGGUGGAGAUACUUUGCAGAUAAAGAAGAAAAAAUGUGUUGGUAAAGAUGACACUGUUGAUAAAGAAAAUGAAGAAAUAAAUUCAGUUGAAGUAAAAAAAAUUAAGAAGAAAAUUAAGAAAAAGGCUGAAAAUGAUGUGAAGAAAGGUGAAGUGAAGGGGAAGAAAAAGAGAAAGCUAGACAAAGCAAAUGGAGAAGAGAACACUGUUGCUGUCCAGAUCAAGAAGAAGAAAAGCAGUGCUGAUGAAUCAGGGGAUGAGGGGAAAGUUGUCAGUGAUAAAUUAGAAAAAAAUGAUGAUUGUAUUGAGAAAAGUUCAGAUGUUAAACAGAAGAGAAAAAAGAAGACGCAAAAAAUGGAUAAUGGGAAAGCAGAAGAGAAGAAAGAGUUUGUAAUCAAUGAUAAAAGUCAGAGGGUUAAGGUAUUCAAGGAUGGGACAGAAAGAACAUGGUUUGACCUCCCCUAUGAAGAAGGUCAGCGCAUGACAAGGUAUGACAACAUGUGGGUUAAGAAGGAGGUGGUGGAGAAGCUGGACCAGCUGAAGGGCUCUCUCAAAGAAGAAGGGCAUUCAGAGAAGGAGGUAAUGAGGAGGAUGAUGAAAGCAAAACGAAAAGCUCAUAGAGAAUUAAGGAUUGAACUUAUAUAUGAACAAAAGGCGGCAGUUGAAGAUCAGUUACCUGAAAGCAAAAGUAAAAUGGUAAAGAAGAAGAAUAAGAUACCUAAUGAAGGGGGAAGUAGUAUUAAAAAAUAUUCAGAUAAUGAUGAUGAUAAUUAUGAACAUAAUUCUGAAUUAAGUAAUGGUGACAAUAAAGUAUCCUGUUUUAGAUGCCACCAGCCAGGGCAUAGAAUAGCAGAUUGCCCACAGACAGGUAGAGAAAAUGUUACCACAGAAAAAGAGAGCCUGAUCACCUGUUUCAAAUGCCAUCAACCAGGACACAGAAUUGCAGACUGCCCAACAGUGGCAGGAGUAGAAGAUAAUAAAGCAGGAAAUGAUGGCCAGAUCACCUGCUUCAAUUGCAAUGAGCCAGGACACAGAAAAAUUGACUGCCCCAAAAUGACAGGCAGAGAAUGCAAUAGAACAGGAAGUGAUAAUCAGAUCACCUGUUUCAAAUGCCAUCAACCAGGACACAGAAUUGCAGACUGUCCAACAGUGGCAGGAAUAGAAGAUACAAAAGCAGGAAAUGAUGGCCAGAUCACCUGCUUUAAUUGCAAUGAGUCAGGACACAGAAAAAUUGACUGUCCAAAAAUGACAGGCAGAGAAUGUAAUAGAACAGGAAGUAAUAAUCAGAUCACUUGUUUCAAUUGCCAUCAACCAGGACACAGGAAGGCAGAUUGCCCUGGAGGAAUGGGAAGAAGUGAUUGUGGUUCAGCAUGGAAUGAGAAUAAGCUCACAUGUUUCAAAUGCAAUCAGCCAGGGCAUAAGAUGUCUGACUGCCCAGCAGCAGGUGGAGAUUAUGGCAGGACAGGCCAAGAUAACCAGAUUACGUGUUUCAAUUGCCAUCAGCCAGGACACAGGAGAGCAGAUUGCCCAGGAGGAAUGGGAAGAAAUGAUUAUGGUUCAGCAUCUUACAGUGGCUCUCAUCCAGGGAGUGGAGGAAUGGGAAAUGAUUCUGGUUUUGGAAGGAAUGGAAAUCAGGCUACUUGUUUCAGAUGCCACCAGCCAGGGCACAAGAUAUCAGACUGCCCAGAAGCAGGUGGAGGUAACCAGAUUACCUGUUUCAAAUGCCAUCAGCCAGGGCAUAGGAUAUCCGACUGCCCAGAAGCAAGUAGAGAUAACCAGAUUACUUGUUUUAAUUGCCAUCAGCCAGGGCACAGGAAGGCAGAUUGUUCAGCAGGGAUGGAAAACAGUGAGAGGAAAGAAAGAAGUGAAAAGCAGCUCACCUGUUUCAAUUGUCAUCAACCAGGGCAUAGGAAAACUGAAUGCCCAAAUAUGACUGAAGAUGAUGUUCAGAGAAGGAAUCACAACCCAGUUGUUUUUGAAGAAAAUGAUAUGAUGACUCAAUACGAAGGUGUCUGGGUGUUGAAAAGUGCAGUGGCAUAUUUAGAUGGUAGGAGAGAAGAGCUCAUGAAGGAGGCUGUUUCUGAAAGGGAGGAUGGAAAUGAUUCUACUGAGCUAACAAAAGAAGAACAGAUAAAAGUUCAGAGGACUAUGAAAAAAGAAAAGAGGCGAGAGCUUAAGCUCCUUCAGAAGCACCUGAAAGGUAUGAAAAUAGAUACUACUCGAGCAAGAAACAGAAAUGAUGUAACAAAUGCACCAAGCAAAACGGAUAUCCCAAACAGAAGCAGCAGUAAUAAUAAUGAGGAGGACUUUCAAGUUGUUAAAUUUGACGGAUUUUUUGUUAAGAAGGAAUCUGCUGACAGACUUAAUGGAUUAAAAGCUCGUCUUACAAAGGAGGGGGUAUCUGGAGAUCAGCUGCAAAGUAUCUUGCAGAGAGAACGUCGUAAAGAAGAGAGGUUACUCAAGAAUGCAUCAAAGUCUUUAUGUCUUAAAUGCCGCCAGCCUGGGCAUAUGGUGUCAACAUGCCCAAUGUUGAAUGAUGGAUCAGGAUCUAGUGGUCCAAUAGAUAUCUGUUAUACAUGUGGUUCAACUGAACACAGACACAAGGAGUGUCCACAGAAGGAUAAAGGUGGUGCAUUUUCCCAUGCAACAUGCUUUGUAUGUGGGGAGACGGGUCACCUUGCCAAGGAGUGUUCAGAAAACCCACGUGGUCUAUACCCAGAUGGAGGAGCUUGCCGGAUGUGUGGAUCAGUGGAACAUUUACGCAAGGAUUGUCCAGAUCUGCAGGAGGAGAACCAGAAAUCAACAAUAACAGUUGGCCGAAUGGAUGGCAGUGCCCUAGAAGCUCUGGACAGUUUUGAGAAUGUGAACUCAUCAGAGAAAGCUGGAGCUGCACCUGCCAAAGGGGAAGUGAAGGUUGUCAGAUUCUGAGGCGAAUGCAGUUCAAGCUGUGGAACUAUUUUUUGUUAUAGGUAGAAUUUUGGGAGUAUUGAUGGUCUGUAUUUGAAUUUGGAAUGAAUGAGGACUUUGAAGACCAUUGACAAAGUACAAUAUAUCUCCUCUUUGGUUCGUAAUACAGUCCAUAUCAUAAUUUACUGUUAUCCACAAUAAAAUGUUUUCUGUUAUUUUCUGAAGGAAACUGGCUUUCCAAAACAAGUAGAAGUACUCCAAAUUGAAGUGAUUUAACACACACAACAUAUCCCUCCCUCCCUCCCUCCCUCCCUCCCUUCCCCCCUCUCCCUCCCUCUCCCUCUCCCUCUCCCUCUCUCUCCCUCUCCCUCUCCCCCUCCCUCAGUUCCUUCCCUCCCUUUCUCCCUCCCUUAGCAUACUUUCUUUAUCCAUGUUUGAAAUCCAUUUGAAAAUGGCCAUUCAAUCAGCUAGUAUAAAUGUUGAAAUAUCCACAGUCAGUUUAUCUAAAUGUAUUUUAUCUGUUUGAUAUUUUCCAAUCAUGACUGCUUCAGUCAUGUAGCUUCUGACUGUUUAGCAUUUCUGCAGUUAUGUUUACAUUAUUAUGUUAAAGAUUAUAAAUAUUUGCAGUUAUUACACUGAGAUUGUCAGUGUAUCAUAAUAUCAAGUCUAUGUAAGAAUACAUAGAAGUUGUUAUCACUAUUGUAAAUAAAUUAUUAUGGGGUAA